UUUGUGUAUAAAACAAACGAUAAACUCUUGUGUUCAGCAAUCUAAUUGUUUCACGUACUCUUGUGCUAUAGUAUAGUAUAGUAUUAUACAAUAUUAUCAUCAUGCGUGUUAUUUUGUGCAUUGCAAUGGUCUUGACCACUGUUGUGACUAUCUCGGGACAAAGGAGUGGGUGGCCUUGGUCACGAUAUGGAGGGAUGCGAAAUCCAAGAUGCAUCAGUUGUUCAGAGGUAAAAGAGGCUCAUCUGUGUGAAUCCUGCUGCAAAAUGAAUGUGUGUCUACCUAACCCAUGUAAGAAUAAUGGAACGUGUUCACCAGUUGAUAACAGUUACAGCUGUAAUUGUGCUAUAGGAUAUUUAGGAAAAAACUGUGACGUGAAUCUGUGUCUACCCGACCCAUGUAAAAAUGGUGGUACUUGUUCACCAGUUGAUAACGGUUACAGCUGUAAUUGUCCUACAGGAUAUUUAGGAGAAAACUGUGAUGUAAAUCUGUGUCUACCCGACCCAUGUAAAAAUGGUGGUACUUGUUCACCAGUUGAUAACGGUUACAGCUGUAAUUGUCCUACAGGAUAUUUAGGAGAAAACUGUGAUGUGAAUCUGUGUCUACCCGACCCAUGUAAAAAUGGUGGUACUUGUUCACCAGUUGAUAACGGUUACAGCUGUAAUUGUCCUACAGGAUAUUUAGGAGAAAACUGUGAUGUGAAUCUGUGUCUACCCGACCCGUGUAAAAAUGGUGGUACUUGUUCACCAGUUGAUAAUGGUUACAGCUGUAAUUGUCCUACAGGAUAUUUAGGAGAAAACUGUGAUGUUAACCUAUGUGAUUUCAACAACCCCUGUUUAAAUGAUGGUACGUGUUAUCCAUCAGAAGGUGGCGUGAGUUGCAGCUGUCCUCCUGGAUUUGAAGGGUCCUUUUGUCAUGUGAACCUGUGUCUACCCAACCCAUGUCAAAAUGGCGGUAUAUGUUUACCAGUUGAUAACGGUUACAGCUGUAAUUGUACUACAGGAUUUUUAGGAGAAAACUGUGAUAAAGAUUUAUGUGACCCGAGUCCUUGUACCGAGAUCGGGGAUAUAUGUUUUCGUGUUGAUGGUGGAUUUGAAUGUCGAUGUACUAAUAUUGUAAAUGAUGAAAUUAUAACAUCACCGAAUUAUCCACUUGAAUAUCCAAACAACUUCGCCAAUUGCUAUCUUAUAAUUGGCCGACCUGAACAGAAUAUCACCUUAACUCUUGGCGGACAAUAUAGCAUUGAGUUCAUUCCUGUUGUGUCUACAGGGUUUAAUACAUGCCAGGGCGGACUAUCUACAUCUUGUGAUCUUGAUUAUCUAACGCUUCAGGGAGUAAGAUAUUGUGGUGGGACACCGCCAGACCCUAUCAUAGUACCAACUGGUGAAAACACCACCGUGAGAUUCGAAACAGAUUCCCUCUUUACAUGCCUUGGUUUUAACCUGAGCAUUACCUACACAGAUGUAUAAAGCCAAGACAUCAAGAGAUGUAUACAUUUUGAGACAUCAAGAAUAAGUCGUGUUAUAGCCAUCAAUGUAAUAACUAUAUCCAAAUUAAUCUAAAUUCAUUUAAAUAACAAAACUAAAUCCAUUCUAGAAACUGACCAAUAACCUAAAUAAACAAUUCUUACUGUAA